AAAAAUAUUUUUGUAAAAAUUAAAACUAAAAUUGAAAAUAUUCUUAUGAAAACUUGCAGACGGACCACUGACAAUAUAAAAUACGCCGGUCAUACACCUGUAUAAAUUAAAAACAAACUAUUUCCAAAAUGGCAUCCUUGCUAGGUCGUUCUUUUGGAAAAUUGGAAAAAGCAUUUCCUUCUUUGCAAACUUUUCUUAUAUCUGCUAACAUACGGUCACUUUCACUAUUUUCAACAAAAGACUACCAGUAUAAAAAUGAAUUUGCUUUACGAAUACAACAUAGAAAACUUUCUGUUCAUGAAUACAUUGCUAUUGAUAUGCUUCGCAAAGCAGAUAUAAAGGUUCCAAGAGGAGAUGUGGCACGAACUCAAGAAGAAGCUUUAAAUGUUGCAAAAAGUAUAGGUACACAUGAUUUUGUUAUUAAAGCUCAAGUACUCGCUGGUGGUAGAGGGAAAGGUCAUUUUGAUAGUGGAUUAAAGGGAGGUGUUAAAAUCGCAUACUCAGCAAAAGAAGUUGCUGAAAUUGCAGAUAAAAUGCUUGGACAAAAGUUAUACACUUUGCAAACAGGAAGUGAUGGAAGACCUUGCAACGAGGUUUUAAUAGUUGAAAGGUUAUAUCCCCGGCGUGAAUAUUAUGUUGCUAUAACUCUUGAUAGAAAAGCAAAGGGUCCAUUACUAAUUGCAAGCUCUCAAGGUGGUAUGAGUAUAGAAGAUGUGGCUAGAGAAAAUCCUGAUGCCAUCAUUAAACAUCCUAUUGAUAUCUUUGAAGGUUUAAGUUAUACUGCAGCAUUGGCUAUUGCAGCUCGAUUAGGGUUCACAAAUGGUUCUGCCAAUGAGUGUGCUGAAAUUCUAUUGAAAUUAUACAAAUUAUUUAUUGAAAAAGACUGUACAUUAUUAGAAAUCAAUCCUUUUGCAGAGCUUUCAAAUGGAGAUGUAUUGUGUAUGGAUUGUAAGUUGACUUUUGAUGACAAUGCAUUAUUUCGACACAAAGAAUUGAUAGCUUUAAAAGAUUGGACGCAAGAUGAUCAUAGGGAAGUUGAAGCAUCACGCUACAACCUCAACUACAUUGGUCUUGAAGGAUCUAUUGGAUGUUUAGUUAAUGGAGCAGGUUUAGCAAUGGCUACCAUGGAUAUCAUUAAAUUAAAUGGAGGGGCGCCAGCAAAUUUUUUAGACGUUGGUGGAGGUGCAACUGCAGAAGCAGUUACAGCUGCAUUUCGCAUUAUAAGCUCAGAUAGGCGAGUAAAAGCUAUUCUUGUAAAUAUAUUUGGUGGAAUCAUGAAAUGUGAUGUCAUAGCUGAAGGCAUUAUUGAAGCUGCUAAAGCUCUUCAUUUGAAAAUUCCUUUAGUUGUGCGACUUCAAGGAACAAACGUCGAUGAUGCGAAGGCUUUAAUUGCUAAUAGUGGACUUCGUAUUUUACCGUGUGAUGAUUUAGAUGAUGCUGCGCGAAUGGUUGUCAAACUAUCAGAUAUUGUUACCAUGGCACAACAAGCAGAUGUUCAUGUUAAUUUUGAACUACCAAUAUAAUUAGUUCAAAUUAUUUAAAAUAAUUUUUAACGAAUGUUUGUAAAUUGUAUUUAUACAAGUUUGCUACAAUUCUGUCUAUAAUUGGAUGGAAUUGAUUUGUCCAUGA